GUGUUGGAUAGCGAAAUUGCCUGCACAAGAGAGCUAAUUUGGCCAGCCUGAAUACUCAAGCUUCAGCUUAGGUUGUUGGGAAAUGGUUUUAUUCGAUCCUUUGAUCAUGCAGUAGCUGAUAUUGCAGAUAUGGUUAAAGGAAUGAAAAACCGAGCAUGAAAAAGUUUGAAGUAGUGAGCUGUAAUUUCAUUCUCCUCACAUAAAGUGAUAUUUCCAAGCUGUUAAGUACAUCUUAGAACACAAAAACUCUUUGUUCACAGCAUAUUACUGGUGUUAAGCCCAACUAUCAUAUUAAACCAUGCAUGAGAAGACGUCACAGUGAAGCUGUAUGGUAAACAUGCUGAGUAAGCAUGUGCUAGGUGAGACAUUUGGACAGUACACGUCAUUAGUCCUAUAAGUGUUAUGUGCAAGUACUAAAAUGCGCAAGCAACCGAUCAACUAAAAUGCAUUAUUUGACACAAGCAAUUUCCCAGUAAUCCUUCCUGAGCUCUACUACCCUGCUGUCAACAUGGCCAGCCCUUCGAUUCUCCCUGCUGAUGUUCUGUUGUCAAGGCGUGUCCAAGAAAUGGUCAUCAACGGUGAAGGACCAGAAUCACUGUACAUCUGUAGAGAUGAAAAAGAAGCUCAAGAUGUCCCAUCCCCAUUAGCUCCAAUUCCCAUUAUUGACCUGAGUUUGUUCUCAUCAUCAACGUUAAGCACCAAAAGAGAAGAAGAAUUGCAGAAGCUAAAAUCAGCACUCUGCUCCUGGGGCUGCUUUCAGGCUAUCGGUCAUGGGAUACCAAGUUCAUUUCUAGACGAAAUUCGCCAAGUCACUACAGAAUAUUUCGAACAACCAGUGGAAGAGAAGAAGAAGUAUAGCAAAGGAGUUGAAGAUGUGGAAGGAUAUGGAGGAGACCCUACUCCUGAAGAAGGUCAGUUCCUUGACUGGCAAGACCGCUUGUUUCUUACUGCAUACCCAGAAGAUUUAAGGGACACCAAAUUUUGGCCAGAAAGCCCCAAAUCCUUCAGGAAAGUUUUAGACUAUUACACUACUAAGAUGAGAACGGUGACUGAGCUUGUUUCCAAAUCCAUGGCAAAGUCAUUGCAAUUGGAGGAGAAUUGCUUCCUUAAUCAAUUUGGUGAACGAGCAGCACUGCAAGUGAGGUUCAAUUACUACCCAUGUUGUCAAAAGCCCGAAAUUGUUCUUGGCUUAAAACCACAUGCAGAUGGCACAGGGUACACCAUUAUCUUGCAAGAUGAUGUCGAAGGCCUUCAAGUCCUCAAAGAAGAGCACUGGCUUAUAGUCCCUACAAUACCUAAUGCACUCCUAGUCCUCAUGGGUGAUCAAAUGGAGAUAAUGACAAAUAGGAUGUUCAAGAGUCCAGUGCAUAGGGUAGUAACCAACAAAGAGAAGGAGAGAACAUCUAUUGCAGUUUUCUACACACCAGAAAAACACAAAGAGAUUGGACCAGAAGAAGGUCUGGUGAAUGAGGAAAGACCAAGACUAUUCAAGAAGGUAAAAGAUUAUGACAUUACACAUUGGGAAUACUACCAAAGAGGAAUGAGAGCUCUUCAUACAGCAGAAAUUUGAACGUGUGCUAUGGACUCUUAUGCUUUGGCUGAGGUACUUAGUUUGCUUAAUUAGUGUUACUUAAAGUAUCGGUUUGUAGAAAGAGCUCACAUAUUUCCCACCUUAUAUAAAAAUAAAGAACCUUCAUUUAUUCCAUAGAGCAUUUUGAACUUCUACUGGCAUCUAAACUGCAAUACCAUCUUUCAUUCUUGUAUUUCUCCCUGGAAUAGAAAAUGGCUUCAGCAUUUUCCA